AUGAGUUUGUCACGCGUUUCCUCUCACGACGAGCAGGGCUCGUCGAUCGGAAGAAAUGGGAAACUCAGCGGCGGUGGCGGAAACGCCGUAAUCAAUAAUAGUAGCGUUAGUGGUAGUGGAAUUGGAGGGGUGCGUCCCGUGGAUAUAGUGGUUGCCAACCACGAUUUCAUUACCAGCAAAAAAUCGCAGCUGCGAUUGUACGCCGGUGACGUGGUUUACGUACUGGGAAAACACGAAUCAGGCUGGUGGGAUGGUAUAGUAGUGGGAAGCAGAUCAGCUCAGCGUUGUACGCGCGGUUGGUUCCCACAAAACUUUACGAGAGCUUAUCGCGAUAGACGGCACGCGACGCUUCAACCGAAUUCUGGCAAGUCGAGCAACACCACGGGGCUGGGCCAGCGUCAAAGCAACCGUUCAGGUGGCAGUAGUCGACGGAGCAGCAUAACUGCGAUACAUUUCGCGUUUGGGCCUGGCAAUCAGGUUCAGGGAUCGGGUCCAUCCAAUAAUCAUAGACUUGGAACCGUUAGUGAGCCAAACUUAUCGCCAUCAGCGAGCCAAACGUCAUUAUCACCGCACUUGAAAGAGGAUUAUAGAUUCGACAUGAGAAGCGGAGCGCAAGGUACUAAGUCAUCAUCAAGACGGCCUAGUCAGGCUUCGCCGGCAGCAUCUGUUACAAGGUCCGCAAGUGGAUCUACAUCUAACUCUGCAGGCGGCAAAUCGCGAUCUAAGUCGCCGUGCCGUAGUCCAGCACCUGGCUAUACGUCUGCUGCUGAUGAUCAGCAAGAAGAUAUCCAUCGGCAACAGCAACAACAGCUACAGCAACAACAAAAUCAUUCACAGAUCGACCCCUUGCAAAAAAUUAGCAGUUUUGAAGACGAUCGCAGAAGACGAUCACAAGUGGGUACUGACAAGAUGAAUGUUCUAAGUUCUGACGAGGUAGAGAUGAUUUUCAACAACAUUAACGAUAAUUCCCCACCAAUUUGGACACCCGUUGCAACUACCGAGGGAAAAGUAGUCUACUACAAUCGAGAUUACGACAUAUAUUGCAAUACCUUGCCAUUUUUACAAACUCCAGAACUAAACAUCAAAAGCGUAUUUUCUGAUCACGACUGGUACGUGGAUCUCAGCGAAAGGUCUUUGGGCAAAGAUAAAAGAAUUUUUGACAGUUCCAGAAAAAAUAGUACCGAACCCCCCGGGUCUAACCUCUCAGAUUCUAGAAUUUCAUCGGUUGCACCGAACUCCUUGAAUAAUUUUCGCGUGUCCCAAGGUAGCCGCAGAUCAAGCAUAGAUGAAAAAAGUAAGAGCUUCAUCGCAGCAGCUCUUCUGUCUGAAGCCGGUGCUGGCACUGGCAAGGAAGGGGAAAGGAAUAAUGCAAAAUCUCAAAGCGAAGACGGUGGUGGUAAACGUAAUGGAACCGAGAACGAAAUCAACAGCGGGAAUAACAAUGAUAUCUGGAGUAAGGGCCAAGCGUCAACCUUACUCUCCAAGGAAGAGCUUUUUUUCCACCAUCGAUCGGAUAUCCGAUCUUGGACUGAGUUAAGGGACACCACGUUAUUCUUCGCACGCAAGGCGUACGCCAGCUUUUUCCGGAAUGAUUAUCAUGAAUUUAAUCAAAAUUUCGAAAUCACCUCGAAGUUCACCAUAUACUAUCACAAUGCUUGUCGACUUUUGAAGGGUGAAUUAGUAAGGAAUAAUGCCAAAAGAGAUGUUAAAAGGCUACUGAAAAGAAUGACGGCAUCAACUUCAGCGGUUAGCCUAAACGGGAAUUUAUAUUUUUGCUCCCCUCAAAGAUUUGAUAUUUCAUUUUUACCUAGCUCACCACAGCCCCACAAAUCUAGUGUGACUAGUACAGGAACUGCUGUUCAUGAUCCGGUUCGCAUUUCCGUCUCAACGCUAAACCCACUCAAUAAAGGCACUCCAAAAUUGAGUAUUGGAAACAGUGACUUUUACCUGACUGAUGAUGCACAGGGUCAACCAGAUGCAGAAAAGAAUGGUGAUCGUAACGACAGACUAGGAUCAGUUAUGAGCUCUUAUACAAUUCAAGCGCACAGCUCCGCGGUCGACGAAAAUUCCAAUAUUUCGAUACAGUCUCUGUUCCAAUCAAUCGAUUCUGAGUUCAGUUUAUUUAUGAAGUGCAUCCGGGAUCUGCAUGCCAUCAUGGUAUCAAAUAGUUCAAGUGGUGGUGUGCUACCCCAACUUUUCACUCGAUUUUUUCGAGAUUGCUUCAGUGGAGGUGCUUGGACAAGCACCUUUCAAGACAACUUCACCGAUUUAACGGCUAGAAAUUCAGUACUGGGCUUUGGAUCACUCCAGGACCCAUAUUCUGUCACAACAACAAAUCCAUUCGGAAGCGUCAGCAGUAAACCCACGAUCGAAGGCUCAAUUCUAUCAAAAGGGUCCGCCGAAAAUGAAAAACUCUCAUCGCAACGUGCACUUGCAAAGACAAAGAGCUCCACGAAACCAAGGUAUCCCCUGACCGAUAACACUCUAACCUUCAUGAAGAAACAAAUUGAUUAUUUCACAUCGACAUCUUUCCAAAGUUACGAGACGUUACUUGAGGAACGUCCUUCGAAAAAAAGAAAUCUUGAAAUAAGCACUGCUUGCCAUCGCGAACUUAGUCAUUCCGUCACCGUGAUUGAAACACUUGAAAAUUUGGAUUUGCGAUUCUUUUUGAACAUGAAAAAUCUCGGCUACAAAACUGAGCUUGACGAAGAUAGUGAGGAAUUACGACAACAUGCUAUGACUGCAUGCGCUCCACUUCUUAUGGAGUUUUUCGACGUGAAGCAAGCACUUUAUGAUGUCACAAUAAAAAAGAUUAUGGACAUCCAAAACUUGACAUUGAGUGAUCCAUUUGUUUUCUGCGCAAUGGCGGGCGAUCAAUCUUUUGCCGACGAAAGAGAUGAAAAUAGUAAAGUGCCCAAUACCCUUAAGCUAGAGAGACUAGCUGACGCAUAUUGCAAGCGCCUGAUAUCAGAUGAUGUCGAAAUAAACAAUCUGUCUUUUUUGGACACAGAUUUGGAACUAAAAGCCACCCAAGCUUCCUUUUUGCGUAUCAUUGGUGCUGCAUAUCAAAUAGUGGAGCAACUCAUGCAAGAACGAGAGAGCAUUUUGAACUACGCUGCUAGGAUGAUGAAAAAUGAUCUAAUUACAGAGCUUAUGAAAGGUGAGCAAGACAAAUGGUACGCCGGCUCUGAGGGAAAGUUCGCCGAUUCAGAGAUUGAACAUAUCGGUCCCCAAGACUUUGAUAAAAGCUUUUCAAUAGAUGUACCGUGGUUCCUUGACUCAGAGCAUGAAUAUUCACUUAUUUACGAUAAUCAAGGAUGCAUUAAAGGUGGAUCGAAAGCUGCUUUACUGGAACAUUCAACAAGUCACCUAAAGAUUGACGCGCCCUUUAAUAUUUCCAUGCUUCUAACCUUUCGAAGUAUUUUCACAACAUCAGAGUUUCUUCACGCUUUGGUUGAGAGAUAUCAUUUGUAUCCACCGGAAGGCUUGAGUUUCGAAGAGUACAGCACCUGGAUCGACAAAAAAUCUAACCCGGUUAAAGCUCGGGUGGUCAACAUUAUGAAGACGCUUUUCUCGCAUUAUUGGACGCCCGCCUAUUACGAACCGGGCAUUGAUGACCUUAUUAGUUUUGCUCAGUUAGCUACUGCUCAGAAUGUUAGUGGCGCGCCAGCUUUACUUAUCGAGCUCAAGAACCGCCUUUCUUUGAAAGGAAAUUUGAAAAACUUUGUUCCGGAGACAAUAAAGUUUGACGAAAGUGGGCAUAAUUACGGUGGAAAUGCGCUGAAUCCUAAAGUUGCCACAGGUAGCUCUAUAGAGUCUGGGACCGGAUAUGGGUUCAGAAUGAGAAAGCUAAAACUCUUGGAUAUAGAUCCACAGACAUUUGCUAAACAACUGACUACGAAGGAACACUUCCUUUACUCCAAAAUCACCCCAUUCGCAUGUUUUGACCGUAUAUGGGGUAAGAAGUAUUGCAAGUUUGGUGGCUCCGAAGACAUCUCGAAAUUUAUUUCAAGUGCAAACACUUUGACCAAUUAUGUCUCGUUUGCGAUUGUAAAACAAUCAAAUAUCAAGAAGAGGGCGAGAAUAAUCCAGCAUUUUAUUUCCAUAGCAGAACAUGCUUAUGAACUCAACAACUUUUCCUCUAUGACAGCUAUUAUUUCAGCUUUGUAUUCUUCCCCCAUAUUUCGUCUAAAAAGGAGCUGGUCACUCGUACCAGCCGGCAGUAAGAAAAUUUUGGAGAAUUUGAAUACUUUGAUGGACCCAGCAAAAAACUUUUUAACCUAUAGAAGUUGGCUAAAAUCUGUGAAAGAUGUGGCAUGUGUGCCAUUCUUUGGUGUUUACCUAUCUGAUUUGACUUUCAUUGCUCAAGGUAAUCCUGAUUUUUUGCACAGAUCUGCCGAUAUUAUAAACUUUGGCAAACGAGUGCGGAUUGUUGAAAUCUUGAAGGAGGUUGCCAGCUACCAAAACAUCCGAUACAAAGUGAAGCGAUAUGACGAUGUUCAAGCAUUCAUCGAAGAAUCUAUAAAAAACGUUCCCAACAUAGAGAAACAGUACGAACAGUCCUUGCGGGUCGAGCCUCGUACUGAUGCAUCAGCCGGUCUGAACAGUACAAAUGCUGUUUCGAAGGCAGACAUUGGGAAGAAAUUGGAAAAAAGAUCUCGUUUUGUUAAGAACAGAAAAAGGGCCACUAAGUUAAUUGGUUGA